AGAAAAUAGUUCAGAUGAUAAUGAAAAUGCUUGUGAUGAGUUUAAGAAAUGUGUUCAGUUGAUGCAGUAUAAGAAAGAAGACAAAUAUUGGUUAAAGAAGAAAUUGGGAAAGGCAAAAAACUAA